GGGAUCGAAACAAAAGACAGUCAGUCUUUUACUCGCUUCCGUGUCGAUUGUCCGUGAAGUUUCGCGAAACUUUGUGCGAUUUUUUAUCGGUGUGAAUACGCUUUUUAAUCGGUUUUUGUUUGGUUCUUUUCUCGGUCGCGGGAACAGAUUUCACUUCCUCAAACGAAAAAUUCGCACUGGAAGUUCUUUGUCGGAUAUCGGUGCUCGACGAAAGUGACUUCGAAUUCUUGGAAGGUAACGAAAAGCCAAGCAGUAGUGGUUAUUGUGCACUAGUAGAUUGAAGCAGAGAGAGCGGGUGACGUGAAUUUGCAUGUGUGAAUACAGUGUGAGAAGCGCAGCAGCAUCUUGAAGACGAAUUAUUGCAGCCUCAGUGAAAAAAGGUGAAGCUCUAAAGAGUGUGAAGAGAAUAGUGCGUCGUAAAGAACGGAACGAAGUCGGGAAGGUCUCCGGGGGUUCGAUCGGUUCGAAUUUCCAGGGAGCUGCGAAAGGGCAGGUUGCAAAUUUUGGCUACGGCAAGUGUAGGGGGCGCCAUCCAAAACGCGCAAGUACAAAGGCAGCCCCGAGAAGAGGAGGGUGAAGGUCGUACGAAUCGAGAAUCGACAGUUUCUGGAAGCGAGAGGCAUCGCCAGUUGAGUGUGUGGAGUCUGGUGUGGUGAUUACGGAAGUUCGAUCGAUCGCGAGUACGCGAACGACAAACGGAGAGCAAACCCGUUCUCGGUUCAAGAUCAAUGCCAAAGGCGAGGGAGCUGGCGGUGGCAACAGGACGGCAGUAGAACACAACUACACUUCCCUUCGAAAACUCAACCACAGCGACAACCAGUGCAACCUCUCGCAAGAUCAGUCGAUCCCCAUAAUGAGACUCGAUCGAUGAUAGUGCUCGGAUCGGUUUUAGUUUCGAGAUUCUGGCUCAGUUUGAUCGUCGUUUCGUAAUUCCGUACUUCCCUGUUCCGAAGUAUCGUCAGGAUCUAGAUCAUUGUGCCUUUGAGAGCCAGAUUUCGUGAGUGCGUGAGUGCGUUCGGGGAUCAGGGUGGUAGCGAGGAAAUGAAACCUCCUCGAUUCACGCGAUCGUUCGGAAGCUGGCUUCCUGUGACUUUACUGUUGCUGCUAGUCGUGUUCGCGUCGUGCUUCGGCGCCGCAGAUGACAUACAACCUAAUUCAAGGCAAUCAGCACCACCACAGCAUCAGCAUCACAAAGUUCCUGCCCAUCAGCAACACCAGCAUGAGCAACAGCGAGGCAGCAGUAGUGGCACCAGCAAAGCUGGAUCUCGAUCCGAUCCUGCUGCUUCGACCGGGUCCGACGGUCAGUCCCCUACAAUUCCUGCGGGGUCCCACCAGGACAGUCCCAAGACGUCGUCGACGGGUGGCGGCAGCGGCAGCAAUCGGAUGCUGGAGACGCGCAAUUCCUACGCGGUGCUGAGCCAGGCCAUGUCGCAAGCCGUCCACCACGAAUUCGACUUCUUGUUUUUGAUUUCAGGCACCUACGGGAGCGGCUCGGCCGAUGGGGCCUGCAGUGCCGACGAUUUGGACUGCAUCGCCCACCACGACCACCUCGGGAUGGAAGCGAUCCGCAGUCUGCACCAGCAGCUCGAUGACGACGACAACGGGGACAUCGAUCUGUCCGAGUCGGAUGACUUUCUCCGGGAGGAGCUCAAGUACGACAGUGGGUACGAGAAGCGGCACAGGGCGUUCCACUUCAACGACGACAUGCACAUCUCGGUGAAGGAACUGUGGGAAGCGUGGCUCCGUUCGGAAGUGCACAACUGGACCGUAGAUCAGACGACCGAAUGGCUCGCGCAGAGUGUCCAACUGCCGCAGUACGUGCGGUUGUUUCGGCUGCACAAGGUCACCGGCAAGGUCCUGCCUCGGUUAGCGGUGAACAACAUGCACUACGUCAGCAAUGUGCUGGGGAUCAAGGAUCCCAUCCACAAGCAGAAGAUCGCUCUGAAGGCGAUGGAUGCCGUACUGUUUGGACCUCCGAGAGAAACCGGUACCCGGUGGAAGGACCUGCUGCUGGUGACUCUGCUGUUGACGGCCAUCAUCGGAAGCUGGUACGCCUAUCAGCAGAACAAGAAUGCCAAAAUCCAUCUCAAACGGAUGGCUAAAGACGUGGAGGGGUUGCUCAAAGCCGAGGUGGCGCUGAAGGAUAUGCAGAAAGAACUGGAACGGGCUCGCCUGGAGCAGGAGAACGUCGACAAAGAGAAAAUGGACUUGGAGCGGCGCCUCCGGGAGGCACCGUCCACUUCGUCUUCCAACUCGGACCUGAUGGUCCAGGAGCUGAAGCAAGAAAUCGAGAUGCUCCGGUCGGAGCUAUCCCGGGCCGAGGUGGAGAUCAACGAUCACUGCUGGACGCCCCCGCAGGGCCUCCAGAACUGGCUCCAGUUGACGUUCGAGCUGGAGAACAAGCAGCACAUCCGGAAGCGGGUGAUGGCCGAGAAGCAGCUGAUGCAGGCCCGGGAGGCUUGCGAGAAGCUGAAGAAGAAGCGUUCCAGCCUGGUGGGGGCGUUCGUGUCGACACACGGCAAGAGCAUCGACGACGUGGACCGCAGCAUCGUGGAGGCCCGCAAUGCGCUGAAUGAUGUGACGAAUGAUCUGCAGGAGCGGAUGCACCGGUGGAAGAAUAUCGAGAACCUGCUCGGGUUUAGCAUCGUGAACAACAAUGGGCUGGCGUACCUGGAGAAUCUGCUGUACAACCGAAAUAGCGUGGGCGGUAAGAGCUAUCGAUCGCGCCUCUCCAGCAGCCAGGACGACCUAGAUGACGACUCCGUGCAAGGUUUGUACGAUGGAAUCUGCAGAGGCGGCCGGGACGAUUCGUCGGCCAGUGACGACGGUGACCGCGCUGAGCGGGAAACCGUGACCUUCAUCGUCGGCGGAUGCCCGUCCACGACCAGCCUGCAGAUCUCCACACUGAACACUCUGAACACCGGUAUUGUGUCGCCGGCCACGGCUUCGGCCUACAUGAACAGUAUGGCCUCGAUGAACAGCAGUCACCACGGCGGUGGAUCUCCCCCGAUGCCACACUAUCACAGCAGCAGCAGUAGUAGCAACCUGCUGAAUCACUCCGGGUCCGUUUCCUCGACCACGCCUUCGUCUCCGUUAUCUUACGGUAUGUCUCCGCCUUUUGGCAACCACCAUCAGCAGCAGUCGCAGCUGAGCAUGAACGAUAGUUCACACAGUCUGCAGGACGAAACCCUGAUCUCGUCUUCGAACGAACGGAUCGUGCCGCCUCGUUCCAAGAAGGUUCCCGUCAAACCGCCCACGUUAGUGCCGAGCAGUUUAGGCAAGACCCCGAUGCCCCCACCGCGCAAGAGUCUGUCUUCCCAAAGCCUCUUCUCGAUGGCACGCUCGGGCAGCUCGGACCUGGUCUCCCUGGAAUCCCCAACGGGAUCUCUUCCACCGGCACCUGCGGGCCUAUCGCCGUCGUCGCCAGUCCAAUCAGUCGCGCCCCACGGACUGGGGACUUCCGCCUCUGCGAUACAGCUCCAGCAGUUCACUGAUAGUGCCAUCAAUACCAACGGUACCCUGCCCGGAACUCGAUCGCUACUACAGUCAGCGGCGGGACCGGGGGACGGUGGCGUCUCUUCCAGCAGUCCUAACAUCGCCUCGGCCAACGGCGGCGGCACGAGUUCCGUUACGGCAGGUGGCGGCGCCGCCGGUAGCAGUAGCAGUAGUCCGUCCCCGAUCGGUCCCGGAACGCAUCCUGCAGGACCCGAGCUGGACACCUACUCGACCGAUUCGUCCACCUUCGACGAGGACGUUAAGCGACGCCGGCGAAAGCUCCACUUCCCUUUUGGUAAGAAGUUUAGUAAAUCUAAAAAGACCCAAUGAAAGCGGGGAGGAAUCGUGGGAAGGUAUGUCCGAGAGACGGAAAAGUGUCUGACAGCGGUGGAGCGAUGCUGUGGACAGGAUUUGUUCGAGAAAAAGGGCAAUGGUGAAAUGUGAUUCUGAGAUGUGGACUCGCAAGACGGGGUAGAGCCCACGUGUAUGUUGUAAGCGAUUGUUUGUUGAAGAGUUUAUAGCGAGUUCUGUGCUUUCCAAUUGUGUAUGUUGUUCUGUUGAUUUUGAAUUUCAGUUUGAAUCUUGAAUGUUGGUAGGUUUUCCUAAUUUUCCUGACUAGCGAAAAUGGUUGUAUGAAGUUGAAUGUUUUGACUUAACAGACUACUAUUGUGGCAUCAAUUUUACCAGGAAGAAGACGAGUGAGAAGUUUGCAAUAAUAUAUUUCCCCUUAAUCCUGUUGAAUUACCCUCGAUGGGAAAAAUAACCUCAAAUGAAAGUUUUACACCAUUACAGAUCUGUGUCUGUUAGAUUUUACAAAAAAGAAUAAAAAACUACUUAAGUAACAGCGUGUAGCGCGGAGUGAACCGGUCAGUUGAAGAGAGCAACACGGAUCAAAAGUCUGACAAAAUUAUAGUAGUGUUUAUGUGUACUAGGGGGAAUAAAGUUUAUGUUUAUUAAAAAAAAAACUUAAUAACUUAUAUUAGAAGAAAAUCUCUUCACAAAAUUAGCAAAUCUAAACAAUUGUUAACAAGCAACAAACAAUGAUAGCACAAAAUGUUAAGUUUUGUGUUCCUGUAGGCAGUUCGUACUGCUUUAGUUGCUUGAGUUUUUUAUGUACUGACUGAUAGCCAAACAGCAAACAUGGCAUCGAUCGGUUUUGAUCGACCCGGUUAACGUCCCUUUGUUAGUUUCCUUACCUCAUAUAUAGAAUGCCGAACCAGGAGUGAAUGUUUUUACUUAUCUCGUUUAUUUGGCAGGCUCAGGCGCCGUAACAGAGCCAAAAUCUUUUCUUUUUUACAUUAUUUACAUUUUGAAAUUUGUACUUAUUAAAACCAGGAGUGAUGAAGCGUUUGAAACAGUUGGUUCUUCAGCUCGCCUUUUGCGAUAGAAAAUCCGGAUCAACUGGAGAAAAGAUGAACUAUAUUGAAGGUCUUCCAUACCACUAAUUGAAUUAAAAUUGUAUUGUAUUGGUCCAUAGUGUAUUCAGAUUGCGGAAUCUCAGAUAAUUCUGUCCAGAUUUACUCAAUGCGGUAAUAAGAACACAACGUUUCUUUACCAAGCAUUCUAGAAAUCUGUUCGCUGAUAGCCAGUUAAAUUACUUGAACUGAGAUUCAUGCUGUGAUUCGUGCUCGUAAAAUGAGUUUUAGUAUGUACGUAAUCGAAAUGGGUCUUGAAUGUCUUAGCUUUUACCAUUUUUCUAACAUUUCAAGAAUUAGUAGAAAAUAAAUGCACUGAUUGUUUUAAAUUUGAAGAGCAAACUUUACUAACUUUGGGCGACAUUAUAGCAGUGCUGAGAGUAGGUCUCCUUAUGGAGACUAGGUCACUAUUUUUAUACUAGUCUCUAAAAGUCUAUUUUUAAUAAAAGGUCUCUGAAGUCUCUUUUUUAUAACAAAAAUGGUCUCCAUUUCCGCUUUGCAUUGAAUCAUUGUACAAAAUGCUAUAUGCUCCAGAAAUAACUUCGAAGAUUCUAACGCGGUCAUUCCAAAUCCGCUUCCGGAAUUUCCUUGAGGAAAAGCUUCAAGACUUCUUGACGCGAAUACUGCAGAGAUUAUGUUCUGAAAUAUUUUCAGAUACUCCCCGAAAAAAAUAUUCAGAGUUUACUCUUUCAAAUCAUUCAGGAAUUUGCCCAGAAAUUCCUCCAAUGAUCACGAUAAGCCAGCUUAACGCAGCGCAUGUGUUCAAACUACACAGAAUGAGGCAACGAAUACAGGACUGGCUAGCUGAAUGAAAAUUGUUUGUUGCACUCAUGCUGUGUGUUGUCGAUGUGUUGGUCAUUGGCUGUCAUAAAUGCUAAAGUUUUUUCCCCAUUUUCUGCCGCUUCGUCUAUUCAAAUGAAAAUAUUUCUGAAAAACUUUAAAAUUGAAUGUUUUUUCAUGUUUUUAGAAACGUAAUAAAAAAAAGGAAGUGAAUUCCGCAUCCGAGCGUUCCUCCUCUGUGAGCAAUUCACUCAUUUAGUGUUGUUUGCCACCGUUUGCACAAAACUGUGUACUGCAUCCUUUGCACAGAAAAUGUGCUGCACGAGAAGAGGCCGAUUUUGAGCGUUCGGCACUCAUUUUUAAGCGGAGCAAAUUUAGCGUGUAGCAUUUUAACGCUACUACCUCCAGUCAGAGGGAUCAUUCAAAGAUUUUCUACAGAGAUUUUGCAGUCAUUCUCCCACUGAUUUCUCCAGUUGUUACUGUAGAAAAUAUUCCACAGAUUACUACAACAAUUCUCCCAAAAAGUUCAGGUAAUUCAUUAAUUAGCAUUAGCGUAGUUACGGCGUACUUCGCAGAUUGGAUACUAACAAUAUUCAUGUUUCUUUUUGAUAAUCUCAUCCAAACUGCUUUCAGGAACAAGGUUGGAGGAUAAACCUUGAUUCAAUCUUAAAUAAGACAAAAAAAGCAUGAAUAUCGCUAUUCCCAGCCACGCUCAUCUUUACCAUAACUUGGAAUAGGGGGAGGAAAUGUUUAUAUAGCACUUACUUAGCGAGAGGUCACCGACUCAACGACACCCUCAAAGUGCUACGGAGGUGGAGGUUGGGAGGGGUAAUACAGGCUUUAUUUUGCUCAUCUUGAUCUGAUAGAUGGAGCGACCUAGCACGCUCACAACAAUUAUGAGUCAGCAUUCGAUGUUGGUUGAAUAAUCCUUGGCUGAGAGAGUGGAGAGAAAUGUUGGCUCUAUCCAAACGCACAGCUCUAGCUUACUGCGAAGCUCUGCAAACACAUCUCAUUGCUUUUGGGAUAAACUGAGGUUGGGAGGUUGGUUUCUCCGUCAACGCAAGAGCAUGAUUUCGCUUUCCUCUUUGCUCUUUUGGGCAAAGAGAUACAAAGAGACAACGAAGAGCUGUCUGGCAAUGCUCUUCCCCGAUCUGAGAAAUGGGAAACAACGCUUUUCCCCUAACUGAGAAAGGGAGAACAUAAUCUUUUUUUCUUUUAAGCACUGAGGUUAUCAAAACAAACUCUUUAUCACUGCGGGAAUGAAAAUAAGCAAACACAAACGUGUAAACUCUUCAUCCCGCAGAGCUCGUACGCUCAGUUUGUGUGUGGGUAAAAUCGCUUCUCUUUUGUAGUUGAUCAUUAAAAGUGGAGAAAGAGGAUAAGUCAAGAGCAAGGAAGAAGCCUGGGGGUAAAUAGUCAUAGGAUUCGCCUGAAAAGCUAGCGAUGGACCCAAAGCAUAGUUGUUUAAGUGUUUUUGAAAUUUAAUAUUUUGAAUGCCGUCAAUCAAAAGAUGGAAUUUUUUUAAUAGCGUGUCGCGCAGUGUUUCAUGAGUCAUUUAAGGUUUUCCGCUCAUUAGCGAAAAGAGAGCGAAACCGUUCCCUUCAGGGUCAUCGGAGUAACGAAAACAAGUACAAAAA